UCCUCUGCCGUCGCCCGUGGCUCCACAAACCCGACACCUCUGCGCAGGGACGAGUCACGAGUUCGCUCAGCCUCCGCGUUAUUAUUCCCGUCUGCAGCUGAAGUUUGGACUUGAAUGUCUUGACUGAGCGCAUGAGACACCCCCGGAGCGCUGCGAAGAGACGAGCCAUCAUCCCCAUCAUGACUUCCGAGGCGCACUCACACCUGGCUCUGCAGAAGCACCCGCUGGACCUCGUCGGCGAGUACGAGUUGAUGAAGUUCGGCGUGAAGAAGGAGGCGAUGCAGGCGAUGGAGCGCACCUUCGUCGGACCCUGCAGCCAGCUGCAGAGACCGGACUCCGUCUCCUCCACUCCGGGCAGCACGCCCUGCAACUCGGUGCCCUCGUCGCCGAACCUCCAUCCGAACGAGCAAAGACACAACCCAGAGAGCGAUCCCUUCUGGAUACCCAACAACGGGGUGUACCCGAACCACAUGUACCCCCAGUCUUUCGGACUGACGCCGGAGGACGCUGUGGAGGCCCUCAUCGGUGCCACGGCGCAGCAGGGACAUCCAUCUGGGCCACACGGCCACCACUCAUCCGCCUUUCAAGCCGAGUAUGACGGGUACGCUCACAUGGGCGAAGCGGUCCCCCAGUACUCGGAGCUGCCCAGUCACCCCGACAUGCAGGGAAGUACAAACUGCCAAGACCAGUAUCUCAAAGACGACCUGGGCUCUCCUCAUUCCCCGGAGGCCCAACAGAUCCUGGGCGCGCAUCACCACCUCCAGGGGCCCCAGAGCCGCCACGAGCGCCGCAUGAACGCUGAACUCCACUUCUCGGACGAUCAGCUGGUCUCCAUGUCGGUGAGGGAGCUCAACCGCCUGCUUCGGGGUCUGAGCAAGGACGAGGUGAUGCGCCUGAAGCAGAAGCGUCGGACCCUGAAGAACCGCGGUUACGCGCAGUCGUGUCGCUACAAGCGCGUCCAGCAGAAACACAUCCUGGAGCACGAGAAGACCAGCCUGGUGACCCAGGUGGAGCAGCUCAAACACGAACUCGGCAGGCUGAUCCGGGAGCGGGACGCUUACAAACUCAAGUGUGAGAAACUGUCCGGUGCCAACUGUUACCACGAAACCGGCUCCACCAGCGACAACCCGUCCUCCCCUGAAUACCUGAUGUAAGUCUGGGACCGAACUGGUGGCGCUCACGAACCUAGAGACUGCAGAAAUAUUCUCAUGGAUUCAAGACUGUACAUGUGCUGGACUCCUCUCUUCUCAUUUAAUCCCAUAGACUCGGAAAGUUGUGAAUUCAACUUCCAGAGGCGCAUGCAUGCGGGACAUGCAUGAGAUGGCUUCAUUUUACACCGAUAGCCCAGAAGGAGAUACUUGAAAUCCAAGAAUAUUCAGUUUUAUGAUAUGCAAUUCACUUUUAAUCCUCAUUUAUGUUUUAGACUCCUGAUUUGUUUUGCUAGGAUAUUUUAAAUUCAAAUGUGUAAGAUGAUUUUCCUCAAGAAAAAAAUUGAAAUUGAUUUUUUUUUUAUUAUUUUGUUAUUAUUAUUUUAUGUGAUGCAGAUUCUGCUGGACAGAUAUAUAAAUAUAUAUCGCUAUCUUUUUCCAUUUCAAGAUACUUAAGGCUUUUUAAUGUUUUUUUUUUAA